AUGUCGGGAGGCACGGGCCAGAUGUCGCCGCGGGGCAUGGUGGACGUGGCGUGCUCGGGCGACUAUGCUGCGGAGUGCUGCAGCGGGGAGAAUGCGCCCCCGGACGACUACGAGCCAGCGGAGGCAGAGGAGGGUCAUACAGCCCAGAAGUCACCGCGGGGCAUGAUGGACGUGGCCUGCUCGGGCGACUCGAAGGAGGCAAGCCCUAGGAGCUACAGCGGGGAGAAUGCACCCCCAGACUACGAGCCAGCGGAGGCAGAGGAGGGUCGUACAGCCCAGAAGUCACCGCGGGGCAUGGUUGACGUGGCCUGCUCGGGCGACUCGAAGGAGGCAAGUCCCAGGAGCUACACCGCGGAGUGCUGCAGCGGGGAGAAGGCGUCCCCGGACUACGAGCCAGCAGAGGCAGAGGAGGGUCGUACAGCCCAGAAGUCACCGCGGGGCAUGGUUGACGUGGCCUGCUCGGGCGACUCGAAGGAGGCAAGCCCCAGGAGCUACACCGCAGAGUGCUACCUCAGGGAAGAUGCGCCCCCAGGUGACUAUGAGCUCGCGGAAGCAGGGGAGGAUCCCGGUGCGCCGGAUGUGCCACCGGAGGAGGGGAGCCCAGACGAGCACCUGGACGACUGGAAGGUCCCGGUGUUCUCGCUGGUGGAGGUAGAGGAUGGUGGGCGGCUCGUCACGCGGCUGCACUACGUCUCGUACAAGCAGCUGAUGGAAGACCUGCUCUCCACGUCCUGGGACUCCUCGCGGGCCACGGGGUUCGAUGCCAAGUCUCGGUGCUCCGCCCCUGUGUCCGCUACUGGCUAUGACGACAUCCCUGUUGGCAGCGAGGCGAGGACGUCACAGUCUGGCGAGCUGUUCCGACCCGCCUCUGCGCUGGGUGCGGCGGCCAGACAGAUCAGUCUAGCUCAGAUCAGUCUAGCUCAGAUCAGUCUAGCUCAGAUCAGUCUAGCUCAGAUCAGUCUAGCUCAGAUCAGUCCAGCUCAGAUCAGUCCAGCUCAGAUCAGUCCAGCUCAGAUCAGUCCAGCUCAGAUCAGUCCAGCUCAGAUCAGUCCAGCUCAGAUCAGUCCAGCUCAGAUCAGUCCAGCUCAGAUCAGUCCAGCUCAGAUCAGUCCAGCUCAGAUCAGUCCAGCUCAGAUCAGUCCAGCUCAGAUCAGUCCAGCUCAGAUCAGUCCAGCUCAGAUCAGUCCAGCUCAGAUCAGUCUAGCUCAGAUCAGUCCAGCUCAGAUCAGUCCAGCUCAGAUCAGUCCAGCUCAGAUCAGUCCAGCUCAGAUCAGUCCAGCUCAGAUCAGUCCAGCUCAGAUCAGUCCAGCUCAGAUCAGUCCAGCUCAGAUCAGUCCAGCUCAGAUCAGUCCAGCUCAGAUCAGUCCAGCUCAGAUCAGUCCAGCUCAGAUCAGUCCAGCUCAGAUCAGUCCAGCUCAGAUCAGUCCAGCUCAGAUCAGUCCAGCUCAGAUCAGUCCAGCUCAGAUCAGUCCAGCUCAGAUCAGUCCAGCUCAGAUCAGUCCAGCUCAGAUCAGUCCAGCUCAGAUCAGUCCAGCUCAGAUCAGUCCAGCUCAGAUCAGUCCAGCUCAGAUCAGUCCAGCUCAGAUCAGUCUAGCUCAGAUCAGUCCAGCUCGCGAUGUCGGGGAGUUGCUUGCCGCGGGAUCCGAGUGGUGA